AUGGCUACAUUGCAGAGUUCUUCUUCUUCUGCCAUAUUGGUGGCACUACUAGUUGCUGUUCUUUGUGUUGAUCCAACAUCCUCAACAUCAAGACUCGCUCUAGAUCACCCCAAAAUUCCUCACACUCACACUCACCCAACUGGUUUCCGAGUCUCUCUUCACCAUGUUGAUUCAGGGAAAAACUUAACCAAGCUCGAGCGUGUCCAACAUGGGAUCAAGCGUAGGAAGAACAGGCUACAAAGGCUGAAUGCAAUGGUGUUGGCAGCAUCAACACCAGAUUCUCAAUUAGAAUCUCCAAUCCAUGCAGGGAAUGGUGAGUAUUUGAUGGAGUUAUCCAUUGGAACUCCACCAAAGUCUUACCCUGCAGUUUUGGACACUGGCAGUGAUCUCAUAUGGACACAAUGCAUGCCUUGUUCUCAAUGUUACAAGCAACCCACACCGAUUUUUGAUCCCAAAAAGUCUUCUACUUUUUCUAAGCUCUCAUGUAGUAGCGACUUGUGUAGUGCGCUACCUUCCUCAACUUGCGGUGAUGGUUGCCAAUAUAUGUAUACAUAUGGUGACUAUUCAAUGACACAAGGCGUUUUGGCAACUGAGACCUUCACUUUUGGGGGAAAAGCUAAGGCUAAGAACAUUGGUUUUGGUUGUGGAGAAAAAAAUGAAGGUGAUGGUUUUGAGCAAGCUUCGGUUUUGGUUGGGUUAGGACGUGGUCCUUUGUCCUUGGUUUCUCAGUUAAAGGAACAAAGGUUUUCCUAUUGUUUGACCUCAAUGGAUAACACAAAAGAAAAUACUACCUUCUUUGUGAUAUCCUUGGAUAGCAUUUUGGUUCACAAAGAUUCAAAAAAAAUUAUGUGGGAAUCUGAUUAUUCUAUAAAAAAAAAUUAA